AUGGCUGAUCUUCGGUUAAUGAGGGCUCUGGGAGUUAGACCAAAGAGGCUCUAUGUUGUGCUGUUCAUUUUAGGGAAGAGCAGAUUGCACCAGGGGAAAAAGUUAUUGGCAGGCGGAGAGGGGCACGGCUCCAGCAGAGCCAGCGCGUGGCUGCUGGGCCCUCCUGGGAGAGGUGCCAGCGCUGGAGGCGGCCCUUGCCUGGGCACAAACAGAUCCUUCAUUAGCGAAGGGACGCAGAGCCGAGUGCUUGGGGAGCGGCGUCGGGGAAGGGGAGCUGCCGGAAGCCCCCGCGCCCCUGCUGCAGCGCGCUCCAUCCUCUGCCGCUCCGUUUCCCCCCUCUUCCCAGGAGGGCAACUCUUCCAGGCGGGGCCAGAGGCCUCCUCCUCAGCAGGUAUUGCCUUCUCUCCCCACUUGUGGCUCUGUCUGCCUGAUGAGGCAGCACCCAAGGUUGCAGUGGUUGGCGCGGGAGUCAUCGGCCUGUCCACAGCACUGUGCAUCAGAGAGACUUGGCCCAGCUGCUCCGUGACGGUCCUUUCAGACCAGUUCAGCCCCAACACAACCAGUGACGUCGCAGCUGGGAUGCUCAUCCCUCACACCUACCCAGGCACACCGACCCAUGUGCAGAAGCAGUGGUUCAAAGAGACCUUCUCUUACCUUUUUGCCAUCAGCAACUCAGCUGAGGCAUCAGAGGCUGGCAUUCACCUCAUUUCUGGGUGGCAGGUCUUUAAAAACACUCCCGAGGAAGAGUUACCUUUCUGGUCAGAUGUCGUCCUGGGAUUUCGAGCAAUGUCUGAAGCAGAACUCCAAAAGUUUCCACACCACCGAUUUGGUCAGGCCUUUACAACACUGAAAUGUGACUGCCCACCCUACCUGCUGUGGCUGGAGAAAAG